AUGGGUCGCUGGGGUUGGCGCCUUUUCGAGGGCGAUCAGGAUCUGGAUGUCGCCUGUUGCCUGGCAGCAUCCCUGGGAUUUGAAACCAACGACUGGGAAUACUCAAUGAGCUCAAUGGUGCACCAGACCGAUAUGCUGGCUGGUGAGGCUGCACGCGCGUUCUACAGGACAGAGGAGUACAAACGCGAGCUGGAGAACGAUAUCCUGCCCUAUGUCCGCGCGAAACUAGACACUGACAACCUUGGCUACAGGCUCUUUGCUACUUCACGCACCCAGGAGAACGGUCAAUCAGUCCCUUCCACCGCAAAAUAUAGGACGAUCGUCCUGGGAGCGCUCAUGAUGCGUGCUGGGGCCAGAAUCAGGCCUGAGGAUCUCCAACACCUGAAGGACCUGGUCCCGCAGGUUCAUUGCAACUCACAGUUUGUGUCGCCAUCAUUCGACGAAGGGUUCCGUACUCCCGGUCGGGCUCAGUUUCUCGCGGCUCUAGACCAUUACCAGGCCGGUGUGCCACGCAACUAUCAGGAGCCAAGCUGCUUUCAGUGUGGACAGGUUAAGGCUGAUAUCGAACACGACCUAGUCCAAUGCGCAAGAUGCUAUGUUGCCUACUACUGUGACAAGGAGUGCCAGCGCCGCCAUUGGCAGGAGCACAAAGCCAGCUGUGCUAGCCCUGAGGAGCGCAGGAUGGUCAAUAUAUAG